AUGGCUAAAAAGAAAUCACGAUCAGGUUUACUUAAAGCACCUAAGACAAUUACAGGAAAACAUGGUGUUCCUAAAAGUCUAAAGCCACAAAGGGCGAGAGAAAUUAUACGUAGAUUUCAUGUGCUACAAAAGAGUAAAGACUCUGUUCUAGCCAAACUUCAGAAGAUUAUUCCACAAAUUUCCAAAAAUGACUACCAUCAGAUUGAAGAAAUGUCUAUUUACCAAGAUUCCUUUAAAGGGUUUGUUUUGCCUUUGAAAUAUUCGGAGAAUCCAAUCUACAAAAUAGACCAUACCCUUAAUAAGAAUGAUCUCAUCACAACAUUGGCAUGCAUAGAUGCUGAAAUUAAACAGCGGGGAGGCAUUGAAGCUUACCAAUCUGCAUCAACUCAAGGUCAAGCAAGUAAGAGAGGUGGAGACUCUUCUAAAAAGUUGGUAGAAUGGUUGAAACUGGACUUGUACAAACUGAAACUUCAAAAUGUAAAUGCCUUGGAAAUUGGCUGUCUUAGUCCUUAUAAUGCAAUAUCCACAAGUUCAAUAUUUGAUGAUGUUGUUCGCAUUGAUUUGAAUUCCCAAAACUCAUUGAUACUUGAACAAAAUUUUAUGGAUCGGCCACUUCCUCAGAAGGAAUCGGAAAAGUUUAAUCUAAUUUCCUGUUCUUUGGUUAUAAACUUUGUUCCUUCACCAAAAGAAAGAGGAGAGAUGUUGCUUCGAAUAACCAAAUUUUUGAAGAAGCCUAAACACGCAAUGAGUGCCUUGUUUUUGGUAUUGCCGUUACCUUGUGUUUCUAAUUCCCGAUAUUUUGAUAACGAGAAGCUAAUAGAAAUAAUGACUGCGUUGGGAUUUACUCAGACUUUUUCUUAUGAAGGAAAUAAGGUGGUAUAUUGGCUAUUCGAUUGGAAUGGGAAGGUGAAUUUAAAGAAGAAAAUUCCAAAGAAAGAGUUACACUCGGGAUCCAAUAGAAAUAACUUUUGCAUUACGCUAGCAUGA